UAUAGUAUAUGUAUAUCAGCCCACCACCCUCCCCCUCUCUCUCUCUCUCUCUCUCUCUCUCUCUCUCUCUGUGACACACAAAUACACGAAUGCAGGAUUGAAGCAUGUCAUCCUUCAUAUCAUCACUCUCAAGUCCCAAGUAGUUUGCUUUAAUUUCCUAAACCCAAGUUUUCUAUCUACACCUAAAAGAAAUGGCGAUGGAAGUUUGUUCGGAGGAUCCGAGUUUGGGUUUGAGUCCCAGGAUAUCUUUCUCCCACGACAUUUCUCAAGCCGAAAUCGUCCCCGUCGAACAAUACGUUCGAUCCAGCUCCUCCUCGUCCAGCAUGGAUUUCGAUUUCUGUGUUUUUCGCGAAAGUUUCGACCUCGACUCAUCUUCCGCCGACGAGCUUUUCUUCAACGGCAAAAUUCUCCCCAUUGAGAUCAAGCGGAGAAUGGGUGGUCCGCCGCGAAAGCAGGACCCACCAAAAGCGCCGCAGCCACCAAAAACUCCUCCUCCGCCGCCGCCGUCGGCGUCGGCGUCGCAAAACCAGGACAAGAAGGAAAAUUCCGGCGAAACCAAACCGGAAACGUUAGAAUCCUCAUCGGACGGGCAAAAGCAGAGCGGUUCCAAGGUUUUCUGGAAAUUCAAACGUAGUUCUAGCUUGAAUUGCGGGAGUGGGUACGCUAGGACUUUGUGCCCUUUGCCGCUUUUAUCCCGGAGCAAUUCCACCGGCUCGUCGUCGCCUAUCCCGAAAAGAACGCUAUCCAGGGAUAGCUUUAACCUCAAACACCAAUCCCACAAAUCUUCUUCGUCUUGCUCUGCUUCUUCAACCAAACACAAUUUGUUCUCUGCCUCCAAUCAUAAGCCUCCUUCGAAGAAAUUCCAAGCUAGUUCUAGUUCUUAUUCCAGCAAUGGGGUUAGGGUUAAUCCGGUCUUGAAUGUUCCUCCGGCAAAUCUCUUUGGUCUAGGUUCCAUGUUCUCCCAUGGCAAAGAUAAGAACAAGAAGAAGUGAUUUCCUAUUGUUUCAGAUUUCUAUAAAUCCAUUAUUUUCUCCAAAAGGCUUGUUUUUCUUUCCUCUUCAUUUUUGUUUUUUCAACUUGUUUGUGAUAAGUUAUUGAUUAAACUUGGUUUACAAGGUUAUAAACUAACGCUUAAAUGAUGAAUUCUCGUAUUUUUCA